AUGGAGAUCGUCGCCGGAAUAGUACUCGAGACAGCUGGGGGUGGAGUGUACGCAUUUCUCACUGGUGGGUUGUCGGAGAGACGAUUGGAGACUGCGGAUAUUGCGAAUCCAGUUUGUGAGGCGGUUUGGGACGGCGGGAUUGGAGAUCCAUUUUGUUUUGGAACGUGCAUCAGUGGCGGAUCCUUCAUCGUCCGGGUGAUAGCGUAUACGCAGAAGACAUGGAGGUUGGAAUCAGGAGAGCCGAUGCACGCUGAGAACAGUUAUAUCAGAGCACGGGUCUCGUCAAGGUCCAGGUAA